CCAGCAAACAGGUAACGUUAAGUUAUUCCUAGAGACACCUAAAGAAGCCAAACUCAUGUGUCAACAUGGUUUCAAAUGUUUUUGGCACCAGAUGUACACCUGACCAAAUCUCUCUUCAACGGUUUGUCAAUGUUACACAAUGUUUCAAAUGUCAUGCGUUUUGCCAUAACACCAAUAAAUGCAGUAGUCAAUCAACAAUCUGCAGGAUAUACUCUGAUGAGCAUUCUUUUAGAGACUGCCAUAACAGAACUAACCCCAAUUUUGUAAUGGAAAACACCAUGCUGUUUCCCCUAUCUGUCAUGUGAGAAAAACUACAAUUCAGAAAAUUCUAGAGGCAAAGAAACUGUCAAAUUCUAAGAGAACCACUCCCCAGGCACCUCCAUCAAUGUUCCGGGCUUCAUUCCCAGCUCUACCUGAAUCUGGUGGGACUCCUCAGGUCUCCUCUAUCGGUUCCAAUGUUUGGACCUCUGGCCCUCCUGCAGCGCCCCACCCUUCCCCUAACCCUCACCUACAACAAACACAAGCACAAGUUUCUUUCUCACUCCCUAUGUCUCCUGGGUCCUCAGCCGGGAUAUGACGAGAGCUUAACUAAUGUUCAUGUUAGUCAAGGAGAUAGCAGGUAACGAUAAUCAACUCUGUUCUAAUAUUUUCAAUGAUAUGUUAGUGGCUAAUGGGAUCAGUCCCAUUCGAUUCCGAGAUAAUGUGCAGUUAAUUAUGGCUCAGUCCCCUAAAGAUAGAAAGUAUGUACCCUCCCAUACCCCUACAAAUACGCCUAACUUCAUUUCUCUUGCAGGGCUCAACCGCCUCCAACAACCAAGUUGUAAACUUACUUCAGCCCGAUGAGUUAAUACCUGCCCCUAACCUUGCCCCAGAUACUGGUGCUCAUCCUUCCGCUAUUGAAGCUGAUCCUGCAGAACAAGUAACUUUCCAGGGUACUUCGCCUGGCCUACUAAAUUUUCCGUUGGAGCCCCCAGUCUCCUUUUGACACUCAUGUGCCUUUGCUUCCUGUAACUGGGAAUACCACAACUCAGUUAUCCGAUGAUGACUCUAAUGAGUCUGUUGAUAUUACCACCACGAGUGAGGAUGAUGACAUGGUCAGUACGCAAGCAACUACUCAGGAAUACAUUCUUCCCCUUAAUGAGUCGAGUAGGGAGAGUGUACAUUCCAGUUGUGACGAUACUUGCAGACGUCAACCCUCUGUCCGAAGCAAACGUGCAAGGUACAAGAAAUAAUGGGGAUUACAAUUUUCCAACUUAAUGUUCAACAUUUCUUUAAUAACCGUUACCUCCUCGAAGUUGAACUACACAAUUACAACUCUGGCGUUAUCCUCCUGAAUGAGACAGCGGCGGGAGUUGAUCAACAUAUCAAAUUACGAGGUUAUUCUACUGUGGAGAAAUCGAGAGGACCGCAUAGUGGCGUGACCGUCCUAGUUAAAUUAGGAUAUGCGUUUCGAAACAUUUACGUUGACGAAGAUAACAUUAUUGCAACUGAGAUGACGACAUCUUAUGGUCAACUACUGAUAGGAACUGGAUAUUUUCCUCCGAGACAACCAUAUAUAGCGUCCGUUCUCCUACAUCGGAUACUAAGUAAAAAUAUUCCAACAAUUCUGGCAGGAGAUGAUUUUAAUGCCCACCACCCUGCCCUCUGUAACUGCGGACCUGUUAAUCCGUUGGGCGACUUGAAGGGAAAUCAACUAUUUAAUAUCAUGACAGCCAGAUCUGUCGUUUCAAGGACCAUUCUUUAAGUCAUAUGUCGGUCGUCAUCCGGGGACACCAGAUAUAGUCUUGACCAACAGAGAUUGUGACCUCUUCCAUUGCCGAGUCUCUCCUGGUGGGAACGUAGGAUCUGACCAUAUCCCUGAUAUAAUAAAGCUACACGCUUCCCCAUUUAGAAUACCAGUACCUCCUAAACCCAAUCUCAACACCCUAGGGUUUGACCCCUUCAGGGCAUUCCUAGGUAACGACGAUACUGUUUCGCUGGAGAAUUUGCCUUCCGCUGCAAUUGACGAAGCGAUCAGGUCCCUCCACAGCCGAAUACUUGAUGCCACUAAUACAACUUGCCAAUUAGCCUCCACAAAGAUCUACCAGCAAUAUAAACCUACUAGGGAAAUUAGAGACUGCAUGAAAAAUUAUCAAACGGAAUGUCAAAGGCAUCUUCAAACACAACAGCCACCAAGGGCUACACUGCAUAGGUUGAAGUAGGACUUAAUUACCAUGAUUAGUCAUCACAAACGAGACUUAUGGAAAUAUCUUGUUCUUAAAGCUAACCAGUAUAAACGUCAGCCUGCAAAAUCCUGGAGCAAGAUCCGGCAGCUUCUCCCAGUUACCUAAUUCAUACCUUCACUGACGAUGAUGAGGAGGAGGUUGAUAUAAAACUUGAUGAUCCAUAGAACCAGGCCAGUCUGAUGGGUAAUGUGUGGGAGAAAAUUCUUUCACACAAUAACAGUCGCAGAUUUAAUAAUAACCAAUAUCAGUUGGUCAAUGAACGGAGAGAUGACAACGUAGUUGAUCUGCAACCACUCCCUGUAAUCGAUACAUCAACUCUUGAAGAUGACCACUGUCUUACUAGACCAAUUACACUCCCAGAGAUGAGUCAAGUUAUUGGACGAAUGCGAAAUAGAGCCCUUGGUCUCUUUGGAAUAACAAUUAAACAGAGAAGUUUCUUACCUAGAAAUUGCUAACAGUCUUUGGUCAAUAUCUUUAAUGCCAUCUAGGCCUCCGGGCACUUUCCAUUGGUUUUAAGUCUGCAAGUAUGAUCUUUAUUACUAAACCCAAUAAAGACAACCACCGACCUGGGAACUAUAGACCUAUAUCUUUACUUGAGGUCACUGGCAAAGUUCUUGAGAAAAUCAUUUCCAAUAGAUUGAACUAUUACAUGGAGUAUGAUCACCUCUUUACUGAAAAACAGUUCGGCUGAAGGACUCAUUGAGGUGCCCAUCAUGCAAUAAAUAUAAUUUUCGAUGCUGUUGCAACCCUGAAGCAACAGAGCAAUAUUGCCCUAAUUACCACCAGGGAUGUUCACAAAGCUUUUGACAGCUUGUGGCAUGAUGAUCUUAUAUUUAAACUUAUUGACCUACCUGACCACAACUGGUCCUUUCUCAGAUUUAUAUAUAACUUCUUGUCUGAAAGAAAAAUCAUCCCUACCUUUAACGGCAAGUCGGCAGAGCCUUUUAUACCAACAAGGCUCAUGUUAUCCAUGUCGUCUCAUCAACCCCCAUUAAUAGGAAAAUACAAGUAUGAGAGGGUCCAUAGAAAAAAUGAAUACUGAACUCCGUCGAACAGAUAACUGGGAAAAGAAAUGGAGAAUCAAGACCAACCCUUACAAAGUCUUUAUCAGCACGAUAGGCUGUUUUGCGUCAACUAUCGAAGACAAGGGGGGUAUCUCCAUCAGAGGUACACCUAUAGUCAUUAGAAACCCUAACAAGAUCCGGGGAUAUGAGAUAAACAGAUUACUCCACUCAACAUCUCAUGUCAGUAAACAAACUUAGCCAAAGCCGGUCUUACCAGUCUGUAUAGAUUUAAUCAAGCUCCUUCACAAGUCAAAAAACAUCUGUAUAAAAUGAUGAUAAGACCUAUACUCGAAUACCCGUGUGUCCCAAUGUCGUUAACAACAAAAACCAACAUGAUACGGUUGCAACGAGUCCACAGUAGGUUCUCCGCUUUAUUACGGGUACCAGGAGGAGAGACGGAAUCAGGAAGGCAGAAUUUCACAUCCGCCAGGUUAUUUCUGCCCUAAACGUACAACUUGAUACGCUUGAAGAAGAGGCAACUUUAUGCAAUGCAAGAACUCUAUAUACCAGACAGAGAGAAUCCUCCCUACGUUGCAAAUACCACUGACUAUAUCAUCAGCACUCCUCCCCACAGACCCAAAAAAAAGACUUCAACAGAGGGUGCGUCGCUUUAUCCACAAGGAUGAUUACCGACGACCAAUGAUCUUGAGCAGCCUCCCUGCAGAUGAAGAUGACUCGGUAACACCGGAACCCGUCUCUGUCUACUAAGAAUAUCAUCGCCCCUAAUUAUGGAGAUAUAUUUUAUAACUUCUUUAAGCACACAUCUACUACUGUAUCAGCGAGAUACUUACUAUGGCGGGUCACCACCUGGAAAGAAGCCAACAUGCCCAGUAAUUUUAAAUAAAUUGCGCGUAUAUUUAUCGCCUUGAUCUUGUCAAUACCAACCUUCGUCCUGCAAUCGCAAAAAACAAACAGCAAAAACAAAAAAAAUAAUAAAAAUAAAUAAAUAAAACACAAUUGCAAAUUAUAUAUCCAUUAUCAACUCAUACACGUAUAUAUUUGUUAUAUCUGUGUGAAUCUGAUGGGUAAAUGUUAUACUCCUGUCAAUAAUUUUCUGUUACUACACAUACACCUUCCAAAUUGCACCAAAGUGGUUGUGCCACUUCCCUUUGUAUCCUACCCCUCUUUCCCCUCCCUCCCUUUUCCCAUAUUUCAAUCCUUACCCUUCCUUCUUCCUUUCCUUUCUUACCAAAACUCUGGUCAUAAGUUCAAGUUCAAGUUGUUAUGAGCACAGCCAUGAGUCACUAUGACAACGACCAUCCUGGGAAAGUAACCAUGAGCGUGAACACUAAUGCAGAAUCAUAUAUGCACAUGUCUGAAUGCAUACGCUCAGUAACAUAAACACACACACACACACACACACACACACACACACACACAUAGAGUUCAAGACACAAACACUAUCGACUAGUGCCUUUGACAAACAGGAACUAUCACAAAAGGCCCAGUAAUGAGUGAUAACAUUAUCAUCUCACAGUAUUUAGGUUUUUUAAUAAAUAAUCUUCCUGUGUUAUUUAAUUUUGCCCAAUAAGCAUUCCCUUAUAUAUUGUACAUAGUCAUUAUAAUUAAAAAAUACGAAAAAUAUUGGUAUCGGUCAAAAGUUGGGUAUCGGUAUCGGGCAAUAUUUUGGUAUCGCCCCAUCGCUAGUUUAAGUUUUCAAUUCAGGUAAUUACUCUCAGACAAUAUAUUAGUUAUUUCUAGUAUAUAAACGGUUUUCUUUCAGAUGGUUCAUUAUCUACGGAUUCCAGGAGGAAUUGGAUUUUUUGAAGCAGUAACUAAUAACUGGGAAUCCAAAAACAACAAUAAUCUCUCUCUGCUGAUCGAAAAUAUAAAGCUAUUACAGCAGCUGUCGUCGUACAUAACAAUUGUUGUGAUAAGUGACGAAACAACGUUCCUGGCCGCCUUCACGAAGUGGUCAGGGAGGAGCUUCCUCCUGGUGUGGUCCACCAGGAUCCUGAUGGUUACUCGCUCUCACCUCUCGCAGCUUCAAAAUCUACACAUGGCCUUAUCUAAGUGGAAUGUUAUGUUGCUUAUUAUCACUGAUGAUACAUCAAACAUCAGAUGUAGUGUAUACGUAUAUCUGCCGUACACUGGAGGUGACACCCCGGCGCAGGAGGUGGCUACUUGGACACCACACACAGGUCUGCUUCUUACCUCACACCUCCAAUUCUUCCCUGACAAAUUCUCAAAACUAUUCCAUGGUCCGAAUCUGCUGGUUGCGACAGAGGUUAAUCCCUUUAAUAAGAUAAUCAGUGUCACUGACCCUGAGGGCCACAGGGUUAACAGGGUUCACUUCACUGGUCCUGUGCCAAAAGUGGUGGAUUUCCUCUCUAAAGCACUUAAUUUUACGUACACCUACUUACGGCCUCCUGAUGGAGUCUGGGGCGUUAGUGUUGGUAACGGCUCGUGGUCCGGUAUGGUAGGACUGGUGAUGAGAGAGGAAGUAGAUAUCGGUGCUGGCCCUUUCUCGGUUGAAAGAAGUCGAAGCAAAGUGGUGGAUUUUACUGUUCCAAUACUGGUGGAUUUCUGGAGGAUUCUAGGAGUUCGAGGACUUCCUAAGGUAGAUCCAUGGGGCUUCCUGUUUCCCCUGUCUUCACUGGUGUGGGUUGCCAUCAUGGCGGCCUUGUUGCUGCUAGCUGCUGCAGUUUUCAUCAUGUCGUCAAGUUUCCAUCACAAAAGGGUUGGCCACAGCAACUAUUUACAUCUCUUCUUCAACUUCAUUCGAAUACUGUUACAGCAAGAUAUUACGGGUCCUACGUACUGGUGGGAGCGUGUUAUUUUGGUGGUGUGGAUGAUGGUGACGCUGGUGUUAACACGGAGCUACUCUGGCAACCUCAUGGCCCUUCUGGCAGUUAGACACAUCUCUGAGCCAUACCAGUCUUUACGAGACGUAGUGGACGACUCAUCUGUUAAGAUGAUUUGGGAAAAAGACUCUGGUGCUGGUCCCAUUCUCAAGUUAGCUGAAUCUGGUAUAUAUCGGGAGAUAGCUGAAACGGAAAAGGUUGGACGGUUAGUAUGGAGAACACACCCUCAGUUCGCGGAAGCCAUAGACACGCUGGUGCGUCGGGGCGACCACGUUCUCAUGGAGGUCGACACUGCCGAGAAGGCUUAUGUCGCACAAGACUUCACGAAAACAGGUGAGUGUUCAUUUUACCAGUCAAGAGAAGAAUUUCUGCAGAUAAUGCUUGCAAUGAUUGGUCCGAAGAACAGUCCAAUUGUGCCAGCCUUAAAUAAAAGGAUAGUGUCGAUGACGGAGGCUGGACUUUUCUUCCAUUGGCUGAAAGGAGACGAACCAAAUACCACUACAUGUUAUCGUACCUCCAGCAAGAUCACAGUAAACGAAGCACUCUCUCUCAGUAAUGUCUGGGGAAUGUUUGUUAUUCUCUUCGUCGGCCUUCUUACCAGCCUUUUUAUAUUUUGUCUUGAGCUUCUGAUUCCUUGCAUUCAAUAAAUUUAGAAGUUAAUGUCACACUGAAACAAUACACAGUUACUGUAUCGAGAAAUUCUUUGAGAUUCCAACGAAGCUCCAUUACCCAAAAGAGUUUAUUGUACAAUUAAAUUACUGUAAUACAUCUUUAAGUUUUUCAUUAUUGCAACCUCGUUGCAAUCUCAGAGAGUUUAGCAUUAUCUUCAUCCAAAUAUUCAGGACCGCAAAUAUGCAAACGUCUCAGGAAUAUUGUAGAGAGGACACUUCUCUUAACUUUCCCAUCAUGGAUAGAAUCAUGGUGGAUGUAUUAGACGGCAAUGGUCGAUUUCCUGUGUACUGUGAACUUAAAAUUGCUUUCAACUCGGCUGAUGAUGGCGUCCAGAAAUGGGAGCUUACUGUUUACUUCUUCCUUCACUUUGAACUUAAAUGAAGGAAAUAGGUCACUGAGUUUCAGUAGAAAGUAGUGGAUUAGCGUUAUUACGUAAGUGCCUUAGUGGAAAGGUUUAUCAAAGUUGCUGCUCUAGUGCAGGUUGAUCUGCCUCGCCACGACACUGAUUAACUUCACAGAUUAGUACUUAAAAAAAUGUUAAGACUCGAGAGGAGGAUGUGUUUUACUGAAAUUAUAAGACCCCAUAUGACCUUAUUAACACAGUUCUUGUGAGCAGAAUGGAUCAUGUGUAUAGUGAACUACAACAGAAGGUUACCUCGCCAUGAAACUCAACAAUCUUAUAGCACAAAGUGCUCCCAACAUGCUAAUCCCGAUUUUCUUAGAAACUUAUCAAGUACUGAUAUUAGUCUGGAUCAAUAUUAAGUUUCAGGCAAAGUUCUGCUCUGUCUGCAGGAGAUAUCAACUAUGUACAGUAGAUCUCGAGAAAUGCUUUCAAAAUUUGGAGAAAUGUUAAAAUUAAGAUCUGACUCUGGAGCGGCAAACCAGCAGAAGGCCUCGGGUCAGAUGACCAAAAGGCUCCAGUGACAAAUCUUACCUAACUUUAAAACCCAGAAACCAGGUCAUCAAAUAGUCUAUAAUUAUAAACCUAUGUUCGCAGAACCAACAGGGCUAAUUAUAAUUAGCUCUGUUGGUUCUGCAGCAUAUAAUUUAUUAAAAGUAAAAUUGAUUGGUAAUAUUUCGGAUGCUCUUAUAAAAAACAGCAUUGUUCCACAGAGAAACUUCAGAGUUUGGACAAGCCAAAUGACUUUACUUUAGUGAAUUUUGAUGUUAUUGCAAUGUUAUCUCGAGUUCCCAGUCCUGAUUUACUCACCUGCCUCAAGAUAUGCUUGACAACUUUCCUAUACCAAGCCUUCAAAAUAUUAUCAUUAAGCUAAUUAAACUGUGAGAAGUGGACCAUAAAUUAGCAAUGGCGGAAAACUUCUAUGCCUAAAAGCAAGGUAUGGCAAUGGGAAAUCAAUUUGGCUUAAGCAUUUCGUAUCCCUGAUUGUACACAUUAGGUUUAGUUUGUGUGCAGGUAAGUUUCUCAACCUAUUACUAAGCACCUUGUUUACCUAGUUCGACUAAGUUGUAUAAAUAUGUUGAUUAUGUUUUCUUGUGACCAGGUAACCUGGACUUGAAUAACUUUCUAUUGAGUGACUAAAUCCCUUUGAAUUAAUUCUCAGUCAAGGACGGAGUGGAUAAUAAGCUCCCAUUUUUGGACAUCCUAACCAGCUGAGUCGAUUUUUUUUAAGUUUACUAUACAGAGGAAGUUUUGGACAUUCAGACCAGAUGAGUCGAACUUUUUUCUUUAAGUUUACUAUAUGGAGGAAGUGGACCAACGGUUGCUCAUACAUCCACUAUUUUUCUGACCACAAAGCAAAAGUUUAAAGCAGUGUAUGUUUUGCAGCUCUCCGGAGAGCUUUGUAUAUUUACAGGUCUAAGUAACUGAAUGAGAAGAUGGCGAAAAUCUUUGACAUUGCGGAAUUUGUUGAAAAAGCCUUGACAGUAGCCAAGAAGAUCCACAGCAGCACUGAACCCAGUGUAACAAGUUCAAGAAAGAACCUGUUAGUACUCGCGUGUAACGAGAUCCUAGGGUCUAAUCCAUUGUCAUUACAGAUUUGACAUAAAUAAUAUUUAGGAUCACUGAAACUGUCAAAAACAUACUGACUACGAAUUUCCCUGCAAACAUGAUGGGAGGUAUAUACAAGAUGCUUUGCAGUAGUUGCAAUAAGUUUUGUGUCGGGAAAACAGGAAAACUUCUGUCGAAAUUGAGCACAAAACCCGUGCUCAAUUUGGACAGCAUUAAACAUUACAUUAGUGUCUUGACUAAAACAAUAUUUAAUAAAAUCAGAGUUUACAGUAAUCUUACACGUUAGUUAGAAGUUUGAAUUUUAGCUUCUAACUCGUCAACGGUAGAAAAAAAUUAUAUUUAAUCAACAUUUAUAAAACUAACCUGUCCUUAUACAAUAUAAGACAAGGCUUAUACAGGUUCGAUCAAUUGCUAAUUGAGGCUUUUAUUUUCAGCUUUAAACCUUCACAAAUGCUCCUGAUUACAUAAAAUGUGUUAGCCCCAUAAACACUAAAUCAUUAGCCAA